GGUGCAUUGUGGGGAGGAAAGUCGUUGCCAUUCGACCUCUGCGGGGCCUGCGCGGACGCAGCGAGAACCCUGAAAUUCAUUAUGCGUUUAAAACCUUUAUUUAUUUCCGCAUAACCUACAUACUCUCACCGGGAGGGCCAAAGCGGGGAAAAGAAACGACGACGGUCCAUCUCAUUCGGAAAAUACAUCGUUUACAACUAUAUAUUUUGCGUAAGGGGGAUACUGUUGAGAAGGGGAAGAUUGUAAUAUAUAUUAAGAAAAAUGUCCGGUGAGAGAAACCGCAGGUCGCUGGCUUUCCGAGGAGGUGGAUUAGCUGGGUUAACGGCGUCCAGCGGUAUCGGUGGGGGGAACUGUAACAGCUGGGAGGCCCCGACCUGUCAAGACCGACAUUUUAACGGGAACAGGCCGGAUCAAGAGGAGGACAGGGAUCUCGGGGCUAAAGGAUCAUCGCAGAAGAGAGUGGAGGGCGCUGGGUCUGUCAGCGAUAGCACGGAACCCGAGGCGGAGGAGGAAGAGGACCCGGAAGAGGGCAGCUGGGCAGCCGGGGACGACCGUGUCGGCUACGUGAAAGCGGAGGACGGGUCCAGGGAGGGGAACAGCUCGACAGAGGCGAACGGUGCCGGUAACAACGACGAAGGCACGGAGUCGGGAAGCGGUGCGACCGGGGGCGAGCCGGGCUCCAGGAAAUCAGGAGUAGAGAUGAGACCGCAGAAGUUGCUUCAGAAACACUCGGUAUUCCAUGCUUCGUGGUUGCAAGAAUUUCCAUGGCUAAAAUUUUGCCAGGAGACUGGAGUCAUGUCUUGCUCUUGGUGUCACAACAUUGCCACUAAAAACAGCGACGAGCUUGUGAAAGGCAGUCGCAACUACAAGAGGGCCUUGCUGCUGAGACAUCACCUGUCUUCUGAGCACGGCAGGAAUGACCCCACCAAACAGGAGACAAUGAGGCCCUCGGACAACGGCAGCCCCUCCAAUCACUGCUCAGAGGACGACUACCGCCUCAAGCCCAACGAGAACUCCUACUGUUACCAGCUGCUCCAGGAGCUGGACAAGCAACGCAAAAGUGGCAUCCUCUGCGACGUAAACAUAAACGUCUCGGGUCAGGUGUUCCGCGCACACAAGAACAUCCUGGUUGCGGGCAGCCGCUACUUCAAAACCCUCUACUGUCUGACCAAGAGCGAGGCCCAGGACCAGGCCUCGACCACGCACCUGGAUGUUGCUGCUGUGCAGGGCUUCUCCGUCAUCCUCGACUUUCUCUACUCUGGGAAUCUGCUGCUCACAAGCCAAAAUGCCAUUGAGGUGAUGUCUGUCGCCAGUUACCUCCAGAUGACAGAGGUCGUACAUUCAUGUAGGGCUUUUAUAAAGGAUGCCCUGAAUAUCAGCAUCAAGCAGGAGGCUCCUGAUUCAGUGGUGGUGGACUACAACAAGAGGCAGACGGUGUCCAAAGACGGACAGAGAAGCCUGGACCGCAAGCCAAGCAACUUCUGGGCCACAAGCAUCCUGUCAAAGCUGUCGAUCAAGGCCAGCAACAAUCAAGGAAAGGAAUCGACGGAAGACGAAGACACAGGUGGCAGGGUAAAGGAGGAGUCCAGUGACAUAGAGGUGACCGUGGUUGGGAGUGAGGGCUGUGCCCUGGUGACCCCCGGAGCCUCUGGUAACUGGAGCCACCACAACGACAACUCGUCUGAUUCAGGAGAGACCAAUGACCCACGGUCAGCCAGAGGACAGGUCUUCAUCUGGAACGAGCCGGUCACAGGUGGCGCUGCAGGAGCCUCCGCGUCAAUCAAACGAGAAGCCCCGGAUUCAGCGGCAGGAAGCGGGCGGAGGAAAAAACAGACCACCACACGCCGUUUUGUGUACAACUUUCCUCCGGAGCCUGAAGAGGGAUUUGAAGAGGGGAUGUUCCUCCAGCCCUCUGCCUCCUUCCCGAGGGAGGACUUCUCCUCCCUCUCCGAGAAUGCCGGCGAGUCCUCACACCUAGCCCUCAAUAAGCUCAAGUGCCCCCACUGUAACUACAUCGCCAAGCACCGGCGCACGCUGAAGAGACACCUGAUCAUCCACUCGGGCGUGCGCUCCUUCAGCUGUGACAUCUGCGGCAAGCUGUUCACCCGCCGCGAGCACGUCAAGAGACAUUCCCUGGUGCACAAGAAGGACAAAAAGUACAAGUGCAUGGUGUGUAAGAAGAUCUUCAUGCUGGCGGCGAGCGUCGGGAUCCGUCACGGCUCGCGGCGCUACGGUGUCUGUGCCGACUGCGCCGACUCGCACCAGGCCACGCAGGAGGGCAUGGAGUUCCCCCGUGAUGAAGACUUCGAGGGCGAGGAAGGAGAGGACCUGGAUGGGGAGGAGCCCACCGACAACGACCAAUCAAAUUGGGGUGAGGGCAACGCUGGCACUGCCCCGGAAGAGGACUAAGAAUUUAAACAUGCUUGAGAAACAAAACUAAAAAUAAGUUGAUGUUUAUAAUAUAUAUGUAAACUAGCUGGUAAACAAUCAACUCCAAAGUGCUAUCAAACCUUGAGGUUACUUAAUUGUGCAACGACAAAAAGAUGGAUUUAAAAAAAAAAUGAAAAGCUUUCGUAGAGUGGGAACUCCAAGAUGUACAGAUUUUAUUAGUUAAAUUGUGUCCAACUCUGGGCCGAGAGCCCACAGGAGAAAGAUUCUAUCGACGAAUAAUAUGAUAAAUCAGGUUUUUGGUGAUGUAUUUCUAUUUCCUGUUUUGGGUUGGGGAGACUUGGGCAGGGUAAUGAUGUAGUUUUGAGAUGGGGUAGGCCAAUCAUUUAAAAAAGCGAAAUGUUAAUUAUUAUUUAAUUUAUGAAGAGAGGUUAUUAUGGUCUUAUCAAUAAUUUUUUAUUUCUGUUUUUGUCUGCGAGCAGAGAGAGUGGCUGUGGCUCUCUGCACAAUCUGAAAGUAUAUCGCUCGGUGCUUGUAGACAGAAGAAGAGCAUUAUUGUCCACAGGAAGAUGUUUAACUUGCUCUGUAGAUCUUGUUUAGAUGCGCUAAAUAUUAUUAUAUUCUUUAAAUUUUUUAUUUUCUUUCCCUGCAAAAAUCUUGGAACCAAAAAAUCUGUUUUGUGACUCUAAUGUAUUACAGCCAUAUUUAUAAUUUAAUUUAAGAGUGCUGUGGUAUUGUGCCAAACAGACCGCACACCAAGAUUUAGCAGGACGCAAAAACUACUGAAUACGCUUAAGAAAAAGAAAAGACAACGUGAGGUUGGGGGGCGGGGGGAAAGAUGAAAGAAAAGUACAAGGGGAAAUGUUAUUGCUAGCUUUAUACAAAUCCACGGGCGUCACAGUAACACUUUAUUAUUAAACAAAAGCAUUUGACUUUCACUUAAAGCUUGAAUUUUGCCAAAUGACGAAACGUUUGGUGCUGUAAUGCUUGUCGCAGAAUACUGGACCUACUGGCUAUAUAUGAUGUUUCUAAUCAUAAAGCUUAAACUGACUCAGUUAUACAUAUAUGUAAUCAGCUUAAUCUAUAGAACACUGUUGUGCUACGGCGACUAUCAGGUAUGCUUUGCCAUGUUUUUAAGCUUUUUAUUUAAUGCACACACAAAGAGACACACACACAUACCAUUUUAUAGAACUACCGGCAGUACUUGUAAUCGAGGACCUAAUCAACAUCAAUACCUGUAUACGUUUGUUUAUAUUUGGUACUGAGUUAUAAAGUAAAUACAGUUUAUAUAUAUAUAUAUAUAUAUUUUGAAAUCACUUGAACGUUGGUUGUGAGGGGAACGAAGUGUGUAGAAAAUCAUGUGUGAUGUCUGAAAGAACUCCAUUUUCCAUGUGUUAAAAGUAUACAAAAAUGUCGUGGGUUUAAUUUGAUGUAGUUUGUUUAUUUCUUUAGGUCUGCCAGGUAGAAAAACACUUUGUUCCACAAAAAGUGAAGCUCUAUGGCGCCUCAUAGACAUGCACUUAUUUUGUGUUCCUGAAUAUCAUUUUCUUUUUAUGCUUCUUCGCUUCCCAAAAAGCGGGUCUGAAUGGAACUUUAUAAACUGUUGUGUCUUCUUCCAA